AUGUACAUUUAUAUUGGAUUAGGGGUUUCACUAAUUUUAUUAUACACUUUAGUGAUUAAACCAUUUAUCUCUCUUUUGUUAAUCAAAAUCAAAUUUGGUAAAUAAGCCAAAUUGAUUUUCUUUCCUAUCUUUGGAGAUAUUGUUGAAAUUUAAGGCUCACUUAAAAAAUAUAAUGAUCAUUAUGAAUCAAUUAGAAGAUACUUUAGAGAAAACAAAGAUUUAAAAUUCAUUCUUCUAAAUGUAUUCAAAACUCCAUUCAUUUUAAUUGGUGAUCCUGAGAUUAAUAAAUUAAUCCAUAUUAAUCAUGAAAACUAUAAAAAAAUAGAUUUUCUCAAUAAUAAGUACUAAUUAUCUAUAUAAAUAGUUCUCGUCUUAUGGGAUAGGGUUUGCUAUAUUAAUAUGGUUUAAAGUGGAAAAAUUAAAGAUAAUUACUAGGAAAACCAUUUGAUUAUGAUAGACUAAAAUCAAGGAUUCCAAUGAUGAAUUAAGUAGUCAAACUAAAAUUGAAAAAUACUUAUUAAACUCCUUUAGAUUUAACAAGAUCUAUUGCAGGGGAAGUUGUAAUAUAAACAUUUUUUGGAAAAGAAGCAGAAAAUGCAGAACUUAAUAAAAGAGAAGCUUAAUCUGAAAUUGUUGAAUUAUUUAAUGAUGUGGCAGAAGCAAUUUAUGGAACAUUGUAUGGUUUUAUGAAAUGGAUGAUUCUGGGAGAAAAAUAAUGGAAGAUAUUUCCAAAUAAAAUGGAAAAGGAUAUUAAUAGAAGAAUUGAAGAACUUACUGAAUUUGCUAGAAAGGUUAUUGAUAAUAGGAUUACAAAGAUAAAAUAGGAGGGAUUUAAAAAAAAUGAAGAGGAUUUUGAUUUUUUAGAUAUUCAUUUAAAAGAAUUUUUAGGAGAGAAGAAUUCAAGUGGAAUUACUAAAGAUGAAAUAAUCUCUUAAUUUAUAACUUUAUUUUUUGCUGGUACUGAUACUACAUCAAGUGUUGCAGCUAUGAGUUUAUUUUAUUUAGCAUAAUAUCCAAAUGUUUAUGAAGCAUUGGUUAAAGAAAUAGAAAAUGUAAUUGGUGAUGGUGAUGUUCUUGAUUCACAUCUUUCAAAAUUAUAAGAAUUAAAUUCAUUCAUUUGGGAAGUAUUAAGAGUUAGAAAUCCAGCUAGUGGACCAUUAGUUAGAAUGGCUAUAAAGGAUGUAACAUUAAAAGAUUUACAUAUAAAAAAAGGAUGGAUUGUAAUGCCAGCUAAUUUUGUUUAAUAAUAAACAGAUAAAUAUUUUUAGAAUUUUGAAGAUUUUGAUCAUAAAAGAUUUAUGAAAUCAUAAGCAAUUAAAGAAGAUAAUGGUUUUGUUAAUAUUCCAUUUUCUGCAGGACCUAGAAAUUGUAUUGGACAAGUAAAUUAAUAUUAUUAAUAUUUAGCAUAUGGCAAUUAUGGAAAUAAAAAUCAUAUUAUGUCAUAUUUUAAGAGAAUUCAAAAUUAAUACAGUACCAGAUAAGAUGAAAAAUUUAUAAUGGAAAGCAAAAUUUUUAUAUUUUCAUGAACCUUUAGAUUGCAUAUAAUUAGUCAAAAAAUGA